GCCAUGCAUACAACCACUACCAAGCUCCUGCUCAUAUGCGUCCUAGCUGCCGCCAAGUUGCCGGCCUCCGAUGCACUUCAGCUCGGGCCGGCUGGCGGCUCGGUCGGCGCAAGCUGCAUACCGCGGGAGCGGGACGCCCUGCUGUCCUUCAAGCGCGGCAUCACCAGCGACCCCAUGGGUGUUCUUGACUCUUGGCACAAGAAAGACUGCUGUCAGUGGAGGGGCGUCAAGUGCAGCAACCGGACCAGCCAUGCCCUUAGGCUUCAUCUUCGUAAUCUGUCUCCAGAGACAGGUUUGGUUGGCGAGAUAAGUAAUUCUUUGCUGUCCAUGGAUCGUCUAGUGCACCUUGAUCUUAGCAUGAAUUAUCUCGAGGGCCCAAGUGGCCGCAUGCCAGAGUUCUUGGGCUCUUUGACGAGAUUGAGAUAUCUCAACCUCUCCGGCAUACCAUUUUCUGGCAGAGUACUCCCUCAGCUCGGCAACCUCUCAAACCUUCAGCAUCUUGACCUCUCAGGCCAAUCAUACCCAUAUAUGUACUCAAAAGAUAUUUCAUGGGUAGCACGCAUCCCUAAUUUGCAGUAUCUUGGAAUGAAUUCAGUAAACCUCGGCACGAUAGUUGAUUGCCCUUAUGUUGUCAACAUGAUUCCUUCUUUGAAGGCCCUCAAUCUUCGGUCUUGCUCUCUUCCAACUGCAAAUCAGUCGCUCCCACAUAUUAAUCUUACCAAACUCGAGAGGCUUGAUCUCUCCGGUAACAUCUUUGCACACCCGAUGGCAAGGGGUUGGUUUUGGAAUUUGACAGGCCUCCAGCAUCUCUACCUUGCCGGAACUAAACUAUACGGUCAAGCUCCUGAUGCACUGGCACAUAUGACAUCCCUUGAAGUCAUUGAUUUGUCAUUUAAUCGUAACAUGGGGACGAUGACUACAAGCUUCAAAAACCUAUGCAGUCUGAAAAUUCUGGACCUUUCUUGGUGUCAAAUUGUUGGAAAUAUAAAGGAUAUUAUAGGGAGGAUGCCACAGUGUCCCUUGAACAAACUGCAAGUGUUGCGUUUGGGCUACAACAAUAUCAGCGGAAACAUGCCGGAUCAGACAGCACACUUGACCACCUUAGUCGUUCUUGAUAUCUCUGUGAACAACCUAAAUGGAGGCAUACCGCACGGGGUGGGGCUUCUCUUUAGUUUAAGCAGACUUGAUCUCUCUUCCAACAAUCUCAGUGGACCUGUGCCAUCUGAGAUCGGCAUGCUCGGCAACUUGACCAUGAUGAAUCUUGAAGGCAACAACUUGACUGGUAACUUCACUGAAGAACAUUUUGCAAGUCUAACAAGGUUAAAGGAGUUGUAUUUAGAUGGGAAUUCCUUGAGGAUUACAGUUGGUCCCGAUUGGAUACCACCUUUCAGUUUAGAAGAAGCAGCUCUUGGCUCUUGCCAGCUAGGCCCUUCGUUUCCUGCAUGGCUUCAGUUCCAAGUGGACAUUCGCUGAUGGAUAUAUCAAGCACAGGUAUAGUUGAUAGGCUUCCUGACUGGUUCACCACUACAUUUGCAAAGGUCACAUAUCUGCACAUCUCCAACAAUGAAAUCAGUGGCAGGUUGCCAAGA